AUGUGGUCAGCUUUGGUCAUGUCAGAAUCAGAGUAUGAAUAUGAAUUUCAUCUUGCAGAAAUUGAGUUAGAAUUUUAUAAUUAUCCUAUGAUUCUUAUUUACUUAAAGGAUGUUUGGCUAACUCCUUACAAAGAGAAGUUUGUAUCUGCAUGGACAAACAGGUGCAUGCAUUUUGGAAAUACAACAACAAACAGGGCAGAGAGUCAACAUGCAAAUUUGAAACUCCAGCUUCGUACAUCUCAAGGUAAUUUUGAGUCCACCAUUCAUAAUUUGCUUGAAUGUCAAUUUACAGCAAUAAAGAGUACCUUGGAGAAGAGCUUAAAUGUUGUUCAACAUAGAUUUCGAACAUCAUAUUUCGAAGAGCUUAGAGGAUUUGUGUCUGAACAAGCUUUACAAAAAAUCUUAGAAGAGAUGGAUUGGGCAAAAAUUGUUGGACUCGACAUCCAAGCAUGCAGAUGUAUUGUUCGGUUAGUUCAUGGACUUCCUUGUGUACAUGAGAUAUCAUUAUAUGCACACGAAAAAUGGCCAAUUCCUUUAUCUUCUGUUGAUCAUUUUUGGAAAAAACUUGACUUCAAGCCAAGCGAGUUAUUAGAAGAUGAUGGUCUCAACUUCAUACAAAAUACACGUGGUCGACCCUCAUUGAGAAAGAAGGAUAAACCGACUCGUAGAGAUCCCUCUGCAUUUGAGUAUGUGGAAGCUUCUUUGAAGACUUCAUAUGUACCUCAUCGUCAUAGUUGUUCAUCAAUUGGCAUUGGAUCAUCAACUAUAUCAAGAAGAGGACGACCAGUUCCAUCACCAAUUUAUGUCAACCAAUUUCCUCUAAUAUUGAGAAGAUACGUCGUGAAUGUCAUCGAUGUAACAGCUGACGGUAAUUGUGGGUUUAGAGCUAUUGCUGGCUUGUUAGGUCUUCAAGGAGGUGAAUUUGAUUGGUCUUCUGUUAGGCGUGAUUUAAUUGAAAAGGACUGUUGGAUGAAUAUUCCUGAUAUGGGACACCUUAUCGCAUCAAGGUACAACAUCAUCUUGCAUCUCAUAAGCGAUGUACAAUCUUUAACUUUUUUACCAUUGCGAUCCAUCCCACCUCCACAUGCAGAACAUAGGGCCAUCAUUAUUGGAUAUGUGAAUGGUAACCACUUUGUUCAGGUAUUUAUGAGUGGAAAUUAUCCGAUGCCCCCUAUUAUGAUCCAGUGGUUUUCAUACAAAUAUGAUUGUGCAACAGCAUGGGCGACACCAUAUAAGAAACACCUCCGUGAUUAUGAGAAACUUGUUCAUUCGAUAAAUGUACCUCAAUCCAUUGUAGACAUAACAUCUGAUUAA